UGGGCUAUGUUUAAGUUGGGUAUAAUGCAAUUUGAUCUUAGUUGAAAAAGAUGUAUCCUACGUGGGCCAACUUGAACGCCAGAAUCAAACGCAGAAUGGAUGAGGCUCUGGUAAAAGAUGCAAAAUCUAUAGCCGCUCCAUUAAAAUUUUUCAUUGUUGGGGGUUUUCAAUUUCUAUCCCAAUACGUCGAGCUGCAAAAGACGAAAGCAUCCAUAUCUGAUAAAUAUGCGAAGCUGAAAGCAGAAAUUAUGCAGCUCAUGCAGGAGGCCAAUGCUUUAUCGCAGCCAUCAACUUUUGUCCAAACUGCAAAACUGAAAAGGACGGUUGCAACUAUGGAGAAGGAACUUGCAAAAAAUAAAAGGAUCCAUAGAGAGGAGAUAAAAAGUCCUACGAUAUGUACACAAAGUUCCUGUUAGUUUUAAAGAUCUUCACAUACUCUAUGCUCCUUAUUUGGUUUUGGCGUAUGCCUGCUGUGGCUUCUGUAUCUAAGCAGUUGGUACAACCUUUUGGUAAAAUGCUAUCAUUCCAUGGCUAAUCCUGUGUACGAGGGUCAUCAAAAUUAUUUUCCAGAAAGUUCUGAAAUAGGAUAUAAAUAUGAGCAACCAGUCUUUUUGUAAUAUUUUCAUAUUUGCCCACUUUCUAGUAACUUGGAUACUCAGGAAUGUAAGCCAAUUUUACUUGCUGAUAACAUUUCUAGUAAGUAAAUAUUCUUUUAAAGUAUUCAAUUGCGUGUUAGUUAUGCUUAAAUAGUACUGCCACCUUAAACAAAAAAAAAUGUAUCCUACCUUUUAUUUAAUAGCCUAUUUUAACCAAAUUAAACUUCA